AUGGGAGACAUUAACUUUUGUUUCGCUUUACAUCAGCCUAUUGAAGGCGCCUUCAAGCCCCACCUCACAUCCACUCCAGCAUUCGGUCUUUGCGAGCUGAUCCAGUUUAACCCACCCUCAGCGAUAACUGCCGUGACAUUUGAGCCCCAUUGGGAGGCACUGGCAAUUGGUUCUGCGCAUGGCUUCGCCCUCAUCGAUCUCAAAUCUCAUGCCGUAGUAUACAAACAUCUUACGUAUGGGCUCCAAGGCACCACUGAAACCUCUGUGCCGUCUGUUGCUCCAGGUGGGGCUGCCACCAAAAUUGUGGCCGGCGGCCGUCAUUUGAAGGCAACGCUGCGCCAAUCUUUUCGUAAAAUUCGGAAGAGCCGUUCCCGAUCGGCUGCAUCAGUAAGUGAGGAAGCUGGUGAAGAGAAAAAAGUUUCUGCCGCUACUGAAACGGCUACUGAAGCAGCACCUGUAAAAGCCGAGGAAGUUGGAGCUGCAGCUUCGGGUGUUGUGGACGAAACUCUAGACGCCGCAGUGGAAACCGAUGAAACUGCAAAACCAGGAGGUAGUUCAGAGGAAGCACCUACCACGAAAUCGGUGGUUGUAAUUGAGGAAAAGGACGCGGAACCUUCCACAUGUCAGCAACUGAAGCCUAACGACACGACUUCCGGUGUCUCCGCACUCAUUCUGGCGGAUACCUACGUCAUUCCGGGUGUCGUAGCGGCACCCAAAGAGAAUCGUCCCGCCAGCUCACCUCCACGUACAGCUGCGCUGAUUGUCGGCACGCAAAAUGGCGCACUGAUUAUCCACACCCUCUCCUGGCCAGCUGAGGAUGCCUUAAUCGAGGUAAAACCAAUCAAGGCCGUUUUCUUCCGACACGGCGCUGCGGUUCUUGCAGCCUGCGUUAUUGAUGCUAAAGCUCACUCCUCUCCUGUUCUCAGUGAGAAAUCUCGCUCCGUGCCUGAAGUGAUUCCCGAAUCACCAGAACCGGUUAAACAAGAAGCGGAAUCCACCAAACACACUAAGGGUGAAGAGAAUGGAUCAAAGCCUGGGCCCAUGGUAGCGGUGGAGACUGCGGUGUUGGAAGAAGUGGAGCAGAUGAAGUCUGUGUUAACGUCAAGUCACGAGCUUCUGGUUUGCACAGAGGAGCAAGUUCGUGUGAUCGCAUUGCCCUCACUGAGAACAAAGCACAAGUACCACUUCUGGGAAAAAACUGCCACAGGUAUCCAUGGUACUUUUAAACAUACUCUCAUUCGUCGUCGUAAGUCUGAACCUUCUACAACCGCCACAACUUCGGACGAUGUCGCUGUAUCUGCAGCUCAAGAAAACACUGAGACUAAGGAGACAGAUGCCUCUGUAGUUGCUCCAGUUGCAAUUUCAGAACCUGAUUCUAUAGAACAAGGGGAGAAGUCAGAAGAGCUCGUUGCUGCAACAAAUUCAGCAGCACCGUGCGUGUCGUUGCGUCGGGUAGUUGCGUUUGGUCUUCAACAAUUUCCUCAACCUUCCAGCGCCAUGGUGGAGGAAUGCCACGCUGUUGUGGCUUUAAGGAAUGGUCGUCUUCAUGUGCUUACUAUUCCUGGGCUUCGCAGAGUUCUCAAAGCCACGUUUUGCGACCACCCAGAGUAUUGUAGCACAAAACCGAUGCCUACUCAGGGCUUCACCAAUGUCUGUGUCUCGAACUCCGCUAAUCUGACCUUCUGGCCGUUUGCUGGUUGUAUGCUGGUGGCAAAUGAAAUCUCCUACGCAUUACCAUGCCGACUGGCGUCACUGGUUGGUGUGACCGGUCUCAGAGCUACGGGCGAAGCUGCCUAUUGUGUGUGUUUGCCUGAAUGGGCUAGACCCAAAACCCCACCAACACCUGUCACUCCCAGCGUUGCCUCUGCGGCACCAGAAGACCCCGGUUCUGCUUUUAAUUAUAUUGAGAAUGGCCAUGACAAGACUGGAAAGGGUGGGAAGACUAGAGGAUCUGCGACAGAUGGAACAAUGGAGGCAAUGAAGGGUACUAUUGCUGAUCCCAUGGAAUCUUCUGACACGGCUAAGGAGGUGGACACCUUCACAAAGGAUAUCACAAAGGGAAUUUUGACUGAUGGCAGUGGUACUGUGACAGUAAAGACGACUGAGAGUUCUCUGGAGAAACACACCGUUAUUGAAGGUGGCAACGUCUUGACAACCGUCCGCGAGACCCAACUUGUCGAUGGCGAGAUUGUCAAGGAUGACAUCGUCCAAGUAAAGUCAGAUGUCGACGAAAGUGCCCCUGCCACAGUUGGCACUGGAGUACUUCCAGAAGCCUUCUCUUCGUACCUGCCAGGAAAGUGUAACGGAAUUUGA